AUAUAUAUAUGUAUAUUUAUAUAUAUACGUAUAUUUUGCCUGGCCUAGCCUGAUAAAAAAUUAUAAAAAUCAUUGUGAGCCCAGGCAGUUGCCUAUGAUUAAGUCUUGAGUUAAUCCCCAGACCUCUAAAUCGAAACACCGACAGGUGAAAAUGAUAGUCGUGUGCCGAGUAUUGACUGUAAAGUGAUUCACGGCGUUGAGUUGACAUUGAAAAACAAAUGCAAUGCCAGCACAGUGGGCGUAAAGGGGAGAAGUUGCCAGGAAGGCAAGGACACGGUCGAUAGGAGCAGCUGCCCACUGUCCAGUGACCACGAUGCCCUGCGAAAGCUGCAGCGUGGAAUUUACUGUGUUUCGUCGCAAGCGCGCUUGCUUCGACUGCAAACGUUACUAUUGUGCCAACUGCAUUGUGUCCAGGCGCUGUCAGCGAUGCUCGGUCUUCGCACAGCGCCCUCUGCUAAGGACAGACCUAUUAAAGCUCAAACCCAAGGACCUGAUUUUCUAUCUGCAGUCGAAACACAUCUCCACUGAAGGCUGUCUAGAAAAAGAGGAACUAGUAGGCCUUGUCCUCACUCAUGUGGCCCAGGUGGACAGGAACCGAGGUUCAAAUGCCUCGUCCAACAGUCCGGGUCGUGGCCAGGCCAACCCGAUCGAUAGCCUCAAACAGUCGUGCCAAAACUUCUUCUCCAACCUGAGCGACAAUAUUAGCGAUUCGCUAGCCUCGUUCGAUACCAAGGUUGCAGCAAAACCUCCAGAAAACAGACAGCCAGAGGCGCCAACACACAUCUUUGAGCAGCCGCGGGUGUCAACGCGAGAGAUUCCCACAUAUGCCAGUGCUGUAAAUGGCGGACCACAACGCGUUCAUGUGCAUCAGGGUGCCACCACUACUAAUGGGGAUAGCCAGAGCAGCAGUAGUCCCUCAACUUCCACGCAGGCAUCGAAUAAUCGCGAUGCCAGUAAUAGCAGCCAGGCCCAGGAGGCCAAACAAGAGAAAGAAACGAAAGAAGACCAUGGGGAGACGCAUAGCAACUCCGAUUGCGAGUGUUCAGAUGAAGAGAUUAUGGCCACGUUCAGCGAGCGCGUUUCGUUGUCGCUUAAGACCGAUACCAGCGGUCCAGGGGUCAAUACCCGCCCAGAUCCAAGUCCCGCUGGCAAUGCGACUGCAGACGGCUGUCCUGAAGGCACCACAACAGCUAGUCCAGGCUGCUCUAAACCGGGCUCGAGCAGUUCCAAAGCAGAUGCCUCAUCACAGUCUAGUUUUGAAGAGCUGGGUGCAAUUGGCGGCAUCUCCGACGAGAGCAAGGCCACCACAGACACCAACAGCAGCCACCUGGAUCAGUGGCAGGUGCUAGAGGUGAACAGGAUAGAGGCGGUGGAAGAGACGCCGACCACGAGUGCCGCCGAGGAGAUAUUGGAGGUGACGUUGCGCAGCAGACCGGCGGUCGAAGGGGACGAAAGUCAGUUGGGUGAGAGCACACAAACGCUGAACAUAGAACAGCGCCCGGCCAAUCCAAGUCCAGCGUUCCAUCCCGCCGUGCCACAGCGCACAAAAAAGGUCACCCGCCGACGAUCCGAUGGUUACUUGAAUCGCCGCUACCAUUCCAGCGAUGACGAGUCCCCAGUAGCACCAGGUGCACCGGGUCUCAGUCUGGGACUUUCGACGCUGAGCGAACAGCCGGAACAUGGCCUACAUGCGCACUCCCAUCGCCAAAGUUGCCAGCGCUGCGGUAAGAACAAGACAAACAUCCGUCGGCAUGUGGAGAAAAUGCGACGCCAUCUGGAGAACUCACAAAUGUCCGAAGAGGACAUUAAACGGGAGCUGCAAGAGUUCCUUACGUACCUGGAGCAGCGUACCAAAUCGGUGGAUGCCUCCGAUGCGGACAGUCAUGCGGUUUCUCCUCUCAGCGUGGAUGCGAUUAGUGUGGCCGCUGGCGGAAGAUCUCCAGACAUGCCUAUCACGCCGACCAUUGAGUUCUCGCCCACGCAAGAUGAAGAUAUCCGCUGGGACGAUGACGAAGGCAUCCAUGUGUAUGCGGCACCGUCGGACUUUGAACCCGCCGCAUGCAUUGAUUCACGUUUCGUCAAUUUGGAAGACUUUGAGGAUUUAAAAGACUUGGAGGGUUUGACGGUGAAGCAGUUGAAGGAGGUGCUCAUGCUGCACCGCGUCGACUACAAAGGCUGUUGCGAGAAACAAGAGCUGCUCGAUCGCGUGAGCAGGCUGUGGAAAACUAUGCGAGAGUGCCCAGCUGUGGAGAAACUGGCCACGGACGAACUCUGUAAAAUCUGCAUGGACGCGCCAAUUGAGUGCGUAUUUCUAGAGUGCGGACACAUGGCGACCUGCACAAGCUGCGGAAAAGUUCUGAACGAGUGCCCGAUUUGCCGACAAUAUAUUGUACGAGUUGUAAGAUUUUUUAGAGCAUAAUGAUACGGCCAAUGAUGACUGGACAAGGUUAGAGUUACUGGAAGCCACUAAAUAGGCUUAAACAGUGGAAGUGUACAGCUGUACAGAAAAAUCCGGAUGAUGGGAUUACAACGUAUCUGUUUCCUUAAGCGACGCGAGUGCAACAAUAAUGUUAAUUUUAAUAUUUAGUUCUAUUAUGUAGCAUGUUGCCAGUAUAUAUGCGUAUAUAUAUAGUGUACACCCCUGAUACCGCUUUUAAAGUGUAUUUAUCUAUUUCAAAUGUGAAAUACUUUUGCUAUUUAUUUUGUUUGUUCUUGUUGUUUGUAUAAAAACGAGAGGUUAUUUAGAUCAACUAACAUUCCUAUAAGCCGCAAAAAAGAUUAAAUCUGUUAUUAACAGUUGUGAAAAACUCGUCUAGAUGCGCAUUUAAACAAUAAAUAUUUUCAAAUA